UCGGUUAGUGGUGUGAUAAACAAGGAAUAUACCAUCACCGCGAUUUGAAACAUUUUUUGUUUAUAUAAUAUACUGUUACAAAAUUUGUUUGGAAAAAAGUAUGGACAUUCCAAAUAGAAAAGUGAAAAUGCAAAGCAUAUAGGAGAGUUCACUAUUCAAUUCAUGGGCGUACAAACAUGUAACGUGGAUAAAUACAUUUAUUGUAAGUUAUCGUCAUGUUUUACAAUAACAAUAGAUGUUUCAACACAUAUCAAUCUAUUAUUAAUAUGAAUUAUCAUCAGCGCGACGAUAGAGGUUAAAUAGGUGUAUUCAAGAACGUGAGCAUGCUUGCUGUUGUUCGGUGAAAGGAAUUAUUAGUGGGGAUGUAAGUUAUCCGUACCUAACCCCGGAUCGCCAAUAAUAUUGACAUACUGACGCCGAGUAAAAAAAUUGGGUCAAGAAAUACUAUGUGAAACAGGUUCCGACUCAAAUCGAAAAGCUCAGUCAUAACAUUGAUACGCUAUCAAUACAUCAACCUCGUAUCUAACGUGCAUGCCAACUUACCGGUAACAACUUUAUAGUAAAAUGCCCGUGCAGGGGCGUUUCAUAAUAUCAAUUGAUCAACUGGAACUAUCAACGUAUUCGACAACAAACUGAAUAUACUUUACGCAGUUCGGAUCAAACGUAUCCUCUAAAAGGUACAUCUGCAGAAGAAGAAUCCCGGGAGGUCUGCUGUAACUCACGUCUGUAGCGGCAAGAUGAGACGGCUGUUUGCACGCACCUUGCUGACGGUGGCUAUUGUGGUUGCAAUGCUUCUACUGAACGUUUAUGUAAAUCAAGAUGGUGAAUACAAUGGGACAAUGGCAAUCAUCACAGCAGCGGGGAAUAUGCCUGCAUUAGUAACGGGAGUUACGAAUGCCACCAAGACGGCUGAUACUGUCUCUCUUGAUGACGUCAUUACCGGUCGACGUCAACGAGUAGAGACAAUGUGCCAACGAUUUUUCACGCGAACGAAUGCGAUGUUGGAAAUAUCAGGCAUCCGACGUGCCAACAUGUCUUACUGCGUUGUGCAGAAAGCCGGAUGUACGAUGUGGAUCCGACUGUUCAAAUACUUCGAGGGUCAAAACUAUGAAAGAGGAAGCCCGAUGACUCUGACUAAAUACCAAGUUCAUUAUGAGAGAGCAGAUUUGUACAAACGGUAUACCAUUUACAACGGAGAUCAGUUUGUUAAAAGAUCGCACCGAGUCAUGACGGUUAGACAUCCGUUCACUCGGAUAUGGUCAGCUUUCAUUGAUAAAUUCCUGCUGCCAGACUUUUGGUUCUCCAAAGGCACACAAAUUGUACGCACGGUUCGUCCGAAAGCCAGCAAAAAGUCUCUUCAGUGUGGGAAUGAUGUGACAUUUCCGGAAUUCGUUAAGUAUUUACUCAAGAUUGGUCAUCAGCGCACUUAUGUGAACCAAGACAAGCACUGGCUUCCAGCAAGUGAUAUUUGUGACCCGUGUGCGUUCAAGCCGGACAUCAUAGCAAAACAUGAAACGUUUAUUACAGAUCUUGAAUAUACAGUGAACCGGAUUGGGUUAGGAAAUCUAAUUAAUAGUUUUAAGGUCGAAGACCCUACUAAAUUUGAAAUAAGAGACGAAAUUGACUACAACUUUCAUAUAUAUGAUACAUUUAAGUCUUGUUUAACAAAACGCGAGCUUGCCGAAAGGCUAUGGAACGCUUUUAUACUGAACGGGUACAUUCUUGCAAACCAAACAUUCCCAAAGGAACUUCAGGAGGAUAAAAUAACUGCGGCUUCGUUUGAAGAAUUAGUGACAGACGGGCGAGCUAAGUUCACUUUAUCUCACGAAGAAAAGAAGGCAAUCCGCAAACGAGUGUUAAGUACGGCAUUCAAAGAAAUACCACAUUCGGACAUGAACAGAUUACGUGAUCUUUAUAAAAACGAUUUUGAUUUGUUUGACUACGAUCCUUUCCCUGAAUUUGUUCCGACGUAAUAUUUGAUUGGUCCUAAAUAAUCUUUAAGAAUAAACAUGUUAUGUUAUAAAGUAUAUGUUCAGUAGUCCCACUUUCCAUCACGUAUUUAUUAUAAUCAAGCGAUUGUUGUCUUUGAUUUGAAAUGCUUUGGAUAUGAUUCAUUUUAAAAUAUUCACAUGGCAGGUUUACAAAUGGACGUGCACAUUUGAACCUUAAAUCUUCCAAUCUUCGGCGCUUAAUUCAAUUUGACACUGUUCGUUUCGCGUCUUUUGAUUUUGCGAUGUAAUGGUUAGAAGAGGAUAAACCUUUUCACAAACGCACAUGAAUCAGCUGGGGGGGGGGAUUGCUUAAGUCAAGACAACAGCUGGAUUGGUCUUUAACUUGGCACUGAUAAAAUAUUUGAAACUUAUUUCUGAAUUGCACGACGAUGAUCUGCGUAUAUUAAACUAAAUGAUACUAUGUCUCUAAAACAUAUUCAUAUCAAAGACGAUGUUAAGUUGAUAGUCGUUUGGUUUCAUUUCGAAGUGCCUCGGAAGAUUACAAUUUUGGUAUCUGGUUUGUACACUACCUUCAAGUAUUUAAAUAGUAAUUAGUAAUGGCUAAUUUGAAAUUUAUUAUCUUUCUUGGUAUUCAACUUUAAUUGCGAUGCUAUGAGGUGAAAUUGUGUUUACAAUUAAAUGUUUUGUCUAAAUAAUUGUUGACCAUGUAUUAUGUAUGGAGCUCCUUAAAGUCGGUUAAUCCCCCCACAAAGCAUUUUGUUGAUUUUUUGAAGACGUUGAUGCCAGUUUUAUUAAUGUGUGCGUUGUUUCCCUUUGUGUCUUGUCUAAUUUGUUUUGCAUCUCGAUGUAUGGAAUUGUUUACUCGUGUUACAUAAAGAACCUCGUGUGGUAAUAAGGUUUCUCUAGUGAAGGUGCAGUUAUAGUUUUAUUUAGUGUAUAAACGUUUAUAUUCCCUCUGUGCAUGUGUUAUUUUUGUUUUAUACUUGCAGCAUUAGAUAACUUUAAAGUGAACAUACCAUAUCUAUAUAUGUAUGUUUGUUUUGAAAAUCAACAUUCAAAGGCACAUGUACAUAAAUCAAGCGCCGACAUUAUUUUUGCAAAUGUAUCCUUUCAUUACAUUAUCUGCAGCUGAAACGUAUUGUUGUACAUUUGUAUUGUUUCUAGGUGAGCAUAGCGCGCCAUCGUUAACAUGGUAACAUGGUUAUCUGCAUUAAGCAUAAAUUAGCUCAACUGCACAUUUGUAUUUUGUGUUAUGUUCGUGCUCAGAAUACUUUUGUUCAUGUUGCAAUAAGUUCAAUUAUGCCGAAAGGGUCGUCUAAUGUGGUUUUUAUUGUUUAUAUCUAUUUUAUUCACUUUCUGUAUAAAGUACAAAUUCAGUUGUAAUGAAAUACCAAUUUUAUGCACGCAUAAAAAGAAAAAUAGUCUCAACGUUUGCCAACCAGGGUAAAAGUGAAAGUGUUAUUAACAAGUUGGAUUAAUUAAGAUGUGUCUGGUUACACAAUUUAAAAUAAAUAUCCAAUAAAAAAGGGUUUUUAGUACUUUCUUCAUCAUGGAGAUUUUUAGUUGUUCGCGUUAGCGGACAACUAAUUUUAAGAGGGAGUUUUUCAAGUCAGUCUGCUCUUGACUACGCUAAGAACGAUAACCACUGCAUUUGCUGCAUCCGCGCAAUGUUGUCUUCUCACAGAAAUCCAAUACUUCUUUGUUUUUUAGGUGUAUCUACUUUCUAGCUUGUUAUCAUUUCCUAGCUGAAACCCGAGAUUAUGUGUAUCUGGCAUUUGUUAGAAAAACAUUUUGUCUUGAACAAAGUCUGAAUCUGAGAUAACAGCGACAAUUUUGUGGAAACUUAGGGAACAUUUAUUUUAGUGAAUAAUUUUGUCGUUCAUGUUGUAAAAUUGUUAACUUCAUUUUAUGAACUUCAAUUUACUUUUUUAUUUAAAAGAAGUUCUAUAUUAAUUAAAUUGAAUUGUGUUCAUAUGGAAUGUUCUAUUUUCAAUAACAAUUAAAAACUGUGAGGUUUAAAAGACAAAGUCCCAUUUUGAUUUUAUGAACAGAGAUGUAUAUAAUGUGUUACGACAGGUUUUGUUAUUUUCUUUCUUUCAUAUACCUUUACGCAUAACGAUACAGUAGUUGAUGUAUCAUGUACCUAUAAUUAAAAAAAGAAAGAAAAGGGAAUGUCGUGUAUUGUAAUGUAAGGGACACAUCUUGUAUUGUGUUGUUAAAGCAUGCGGUCAUAAGUUAUUUGUAUUGAGGUUUAUAUCUGUGUGAAUCUAUGAAUAAAGUCAUUUGUUAGUUACCCACCAACGAGUUCAGAGCAGACAUGGCGAAAGACCGUCACAAUUUACAGGCCAGACUGGCCUACGAGGAGAAAUAAUUUACAGGCCAGUUGUUAAUUUCACAGGCCUCAAUUUAAAUUGUUUAAUCCUGGAGGAACAUUGCAUAAUAAAUUCAAAAAGUAAAUGUUAACAUGUGUUUGAUUUAUGAAAGGGCAAAAAUAGUGUGAACAGCCUGAUUCGAAAAAAUAAAUAAAGUGUAUUUUUUAGUUUGGGAAAAAUAUUAACACAUAUUAACAUACAAACAUAAUUGAGUUUUAUUGAUGUAUUUAACACAAAUUUAUUAAUAUAUUAAAUACUUUUACCUUUAA